GAGCGGAGGUUUUCCCGCCUGAGCGGAGGCACCCGGGGCCUGUGGCGGGGGACGCGCUGCCGAGGAAGAAAUCUGCUUCAUCUAAUUCAAUGCUAAUUCAGUCCUGCUAAUCUGCUARUACUGUAGAUUGAAAGAUUUUUUGCUGUUGCCAGGAUACCCUGUAAUGGGCAAGAAGCCUGAGAGAAUACAAAACGUUCUGAUUUUUUAACUUUUAAAAACUUUUGUGUUUAACAGGACCUGGGCUCCUGUUGAGAAGUGGUGGAAUAAUCUGUGGCCGGCACCUGACAUGUUGAGGGAGCAGCCCCUAAAAGAGCUUGCCUGGGAGACAGUUUGUGAAAUAACGCAGUAACAUGUUUGCAGUAACCAGCAUGUUUUGGAAAUUUGAUCUCCAUUCGUCAUCGCACAUAGAUACACUUCUAGAGAGAGAAGAUGUAACACUGAAGGAAUUGAUGGAUGAAGAGGAUGUUCUACAGGAGUGCAAGGCUCAGAAUCGCAAACUUAUAGAGUUUCUGCUGAAGUCAGAAUGUUUGGAAGACUUAGUUUCAUUUAUUAUUGAAGAGCCACCUCAAGACAUGGAUGAAAAAAUCCGAUAUAAAUACCCAAACAUAUCAUGUGAGCUGCUUACAUCAGAUGUCUCACAGAUCAAUGAUAGGUUGGGAGAAGAAGAAUCCUUACUCCUGAAACUGUAUAGCUUCCUCUUAAAUGAAUCUCCUCUAAACCCUCUACUUGCCAGUUUCUUCAGCAAGGUGUUAAGUAUUCUUAUCAGCAGAAAACCAGAACAGAUUGUGGAUUUUUUAAAGAAGAAGCAUGAUUUUGUAGACCUCAUUAUUAAGCACAUAGGGACCUCUGCUAUCAUGGACUUGUUGCUCAGGCUACUGACUUGCAUAGAACCUCCACAGCCCCGGCAAGAAGUGCUAAAUUGGCUAAAUGAAGAGAGAAUUAUCCAGCGGCUUGUGGAAAUUGUACACCCGUCUCAAGAUGAAGAUAGGCAUUCAAAUGCAUCACAGUCACUCUGUGAAAUUAUUCGCCUAAGCAGAGACCAGAUGUUACAAGUACAGAACAGUUCAGAACCAGAUCCUCUGCUUGCAAGUUUAGAGAAACAAGAAAUCAUAGAACAGCUUCUGUCUAAUAUUUUUCAUAAAGAAAAAAAUGAAUCUGCAAUAGUCAGUGCAAUCCAAAUCCUAUUGACCUUACUUGAGACGAGACGACAGACAUUUGAAGGCCAUAUAGAGAUCUGUCCUCCAGGCAUGAGCAAUUCCACAUAUUCUGUCAACAAAAGUGUUUUAGAAGCCAUAAAAGCACGACUUUCAUCCUUCCAUGAGCUCUUGCUUGAGCCUCCAAAAAAAAGUGUGAUGAAGACAACCUGGGGUGUACUGGAUCCACCUGUGGGAAACACACGUUUAAAUGUCAUUAGACUAAUAUCUAGCCUUUUACAGACAAAUACAAGCAGUGUGAAUCAGGAGCUUAUAGAACUUAACAGCAUAGGAGUCAUACUGGACAUGUUUUUUAAGUAUACAUGGAAUAACUUUUUGCAUACUCAAGUAGAAAUCUGUAUUGCRUUGAUUCUUGCAAGUCCUCUUGAAAACACAGAAAAUGGCACAAUUACAGAUCAGGAUUCCACUGGGGACAAUGUCUUACUGAAACAUCUCUUCCUUAAGUGCCAAUUAAUAGAAAGAAUACUUGAAGCGUGGGAGAUGAAUGAGAAGAAACAGGCUGAAGGAGGAAGAAGGCACGGCUACAUGGGUCACCUGACAAGGAUAGCAAACUGCAUUGUGCACAGUACAGAUAAGGGCCCAAAUAGCACACUAGUCCAGCAGCUCAUCAAAGAGCUUCCAGAGGAGGUCAGAGAGCGAUGGGAAACAUUUUGCACAAGCUCUUUAGGAGAAACCAACAAGAGGAAUACAGUGGAUCUGGUUACUACCUGCCACAUUCAUUCUUCCAGUGAUGAUGAAAUAGACUUCAAAGAAACUGGCUUCUCACAGGAUUCUUCUUUGCAGCAGGCCUUUUCUGAUUAUCAGAUGCAACAAAUGACGUCCAAUUUUAUUGACCAGUUUGGCUUCAACGAUGAGAAGUUUGCUGAUCAAGAUGACAUUGGCAAUGUUUCUUUUGAUCGGGUUUCGGACAUCAACUUUACCCUCAAUACUAAUGAAAGUGGCAAUAUAGCCUUAUUUGAGGCAUGCUGUAAGGAGCGGAUACAGCAGUUCGAUGAUGGUGGCUCUGAUGAAGAAGACAUUUGGGAAGAAAAACAUAUUGCAUUUACACCAGAGUCCCAGAGGCGUUCCAGUUCGGGCAGUACAGACAGUGAAGAAAGUACUGAUUCUGAAGAAGAGGAUGGAACUAAACAAGACUUGUUCGAAUCCCACACCAAUACAGAGGACAAAAUGGAAGUAGACUUAAGUGAACCACCUAACUGGUCAGCAAACUUCGAUGUACCCAUGGAGACUGCCCAUGGUGCCAGUCUGGAUUCUGUUGGCUCUGCUGUGUGGAGUACUGAAGCACCUGUGCCAGCUAAAGAAACAGGCUGGGCUUCCUUUUCUGACUUCACAUCCUCUUUGAGCUCAAAAGACUCCUUGCGAAGUAAUUCUCCUGUGGAAAUGGAAACAAACACAGAUCCAGGUGAUCCCUUGAGUGCAAAUGUAACUACUCUUGCARCGCAGCUAGAGACCCCAGGAAGUGUUGCUAUGGAGGCCAGCUCAGAUGGAGAGGAUGAUGUGGAAAAUGCAGACAAGGUAACUGAGACAGUCAUGAAUGGCAGCAUGAAGGAGACACUCAGCCUAACUGUAGAUGCUAAAACUGAAACGGCCGUUUUCAAAAGUGAGGAAGGAAAAUUGACUACCUCGCAGGAUCCUUCUUGUAAAUAUGUAGUAGAAGAGAAUACAGAGGUUGCAGAAGAGGUCCCUUCAGGUCUUCAGCCUAGUAACAGCAGUCCAGAACAGAGGACUGAUCAACACACCCAUUUAGGAGAGGCAUCUGUUAAUGGCCCUGUAUGAUAUGUGAUGUCCACUACCUUGGCUGAAGAGAAAGAACUGAUGUCCAGGUGUUUGAGUGUUUCUUGAGGAUAUCAUCUAGACCCUGUUGAAGCCAGUCACUGCUGCACUAAUUUCGCAAGGAAUCAGGACCAGCAACAUUUAUAUUCUAGAUUUUAAGACAUUGUACAGAAAUUCAUAAGUGUAAAAAUAUUGCACAUUGAGAAAUACCAAUAAUUUUUGCGUAUGUUUAUAUUGUAUUGUUCUAAAUAACGGGGGGCCUGUGAAAUAAGAUCCUGCUACCCAUGUAAUGAUGACAGUAGUGUUACUGUAGUUAAAAUGGCUGUAAGAAUAGUUUUAUAAAAAAGUGAAUACAAAAAUCUAAUGUAUUUGAGACAUAACUAUUUGACGAUUAGUGUGACCAAAGUAUUUAGCAGUUUUCUUACAUUUUUCACCUUGUAAAAAAGAAAAAGAAAAUUCAUGUUUUUUCUGAAAUUGAAAUGCCCUAUAAAUGUUAUUUUGGUUGUUUUAGCUUAUAAAAGUGAUUUAAAUAAGAAUUUUUUGGUGUUCAACAUUUUACAACAGGUUUUUUAAUUGGUAAUUGUUUUCUGUAUUGUUCAAAACAGAUCAAAAAAUGUAAGUCUAUUGGUAGAGAUUUUAAGUAUUUAUUGCAACAGCUUAGUUGACAAAUUGAUGUUACUGUAAAGCCAUAUGUUCUGUUAAGUCUAGUUUGCUUGAAACAAUACCUUCCAGGUGAAACACUAGAAUAUUUGAAGUGCACAUGGCUUGUUGUGUUUAAGUGRUUCACCUGCCUUUUAAACAGUUCACCAAGAUUUAGUUUAAUACCAAGCAUUAUAUAAUGGAACAUUUCAGAACAAUCUGCGUAUUUAAAACGCUAUAAUCCUUUUAGACAAGUCAAGUAAAAGAAAUGCCCGUGCUGCUAAUGUAAUUACAGUACAUGCAUUUUAAAAGUAAAUAGUGUUUUUAAUACAAAUUUUGGCAGCAGAGCAUGUUAAUUGUUAAUUUCACUGUACUGAUCUGUGUGAGGCUUUCAUUUGUAUGUUCUAAACCAGUUUUUUCACAGCUGGUUUGUGUAUAUAUAUAGUGAUUAUGGAAACUAAUUCUGUGUAAUUUAUAAUUUUCUAUGUCAGUGUAAAAUUCCAACAGCCUUCUCAAACAAACAGAAGCAAUAUCUGUAUAUUGCCACAUGGUCUGGUGAAAGGGUUGAAAUACGCCUGCACUUUUAGACGCAAAACCAUUUUUGUUUCUGUAAUAGUUAUAUUCAUUUUUUUUUACAUAAUUUGUUUUCCUGACCAGUAUUUAAAGCCAAAAGGAUAUUCUAAACAAUGGCCAAUGAUUUAUUUUAGAAGGCGUCCCAAGCAACGUGCCUAAACAUUACAUUGCAUACAGAAAUAAAAACCCACAUUUAUGUCACUGCCCUAAUUGCUUUCUCUUUUGCAUUUUCUGCAAGGUUCAGUGCACUUGUCCUUGGAAAUUUUUACAAAUUGAUCAGUUGUGUGAAAACAAAGGGGUAAACUGAUAAUCUCACAGGUGGACUUGGUAACUGUGGUUGCCCUUUUUAUUUAUACUUUAUAAAUGAUGGAAUCCAGUCAGUUUCUAAGUUUCCUUUUUCAGUUCAGAAUUACUUUCAAAUCAGCUUGACCAAAACCGUUUUGUGUGUUAGCUUUAAGGUUGGCAGCUGUCCUCUUGUCAGUUCCUGAUCUGUUACUGAACAUGCAGCUUUGGAAGCAAAACUGCACAUUUUAACACAUUAAUUGCAUUCAAGUAGAAAUUCCUAAUACAGGCAAGCAGCAAGUUGGUUUGAGUAAGUUUGAUGCUUGUGAGGAGUAAAAUUUUUGAGUCCACUCCAGUGGAGCUAUUUCUCCUUUGCUAAAAAGUUGCUUUAUCUAGCUCUAUAGCCAUGAAAACUGGAGAACACAGUAGAUGAAAUUGAAUUUGGGCCCUGUUGCCUGCAGUUCAGCGUAGUCUUGUAGUUGUCCUUCUGUUCAUGAACUGUCAUAUCAGUCCAUUGUUUUGAGGAAGGGUAGGGUGUGUUUUACCCACUCUAUUCCUUGCACAAGAAAUCCUGAACUUGAAAGCAAUGGAGGUGUAUUUUGGGGGAGAGGGUCUAUGGGUGUGUUUAAACACACACACUUCGUUUGCUAUCUUUUAUCAAUAUUGCUGCUGAUAUGCUGCUCACGUAGCCUUACAAAGGUUUGAACGUACUGGGAGAAUCCUGAACUGUUACCCAGCCUGUUUAAUCACAUUUGACUUGCAUGCAAUGGAAUUUGAGUCUUCCUUAUGAAAAGGUAUUUUAAUGCAUUUGCAGCGUGGGCUAUAGUCUAAUACCUCUGUACAGGUUUGAGUUCCUACAGUGUUUUUAGCAGCAAUUAGGAUGAAAUGAGCUUGCUUUGAAAGGCUUGUCCACUGCCUCAUUCCACAGUGCUCUUUGAGAUUACKAAAGGCUCAGUCACUUGAAAGUGAAGAAUAAUGAUGCCAGUCGAUGUCAAUAGGCAGUGGAUUUAACCCUCAGGAUUCUGGUAAAAGAUUUUUUACUCAAGCAACAGUCUUAUUUCAAAAGUGGCUAGACCAGUAAUAUCUGUAGUAGCUCAUUGCCUCUUCCCACCUGGCAGAGUGGAUGAAUCAUGCMAUCCUGACCAGUGCAAGCAUUAUUUUUAGGUGUAAGCCCUGUACUAGUUUUGUAGCAUGAUUAUUCCAUUUAAGUAAAAGCAUAAGUCAUCUUGACUAACAUUGAUAUUAAUUCACUGAAGAGGUAACAGGAUAGUGGAAACAAUCUCAUUAUGUCAUUGUACAUGGAAUCCCGUGUGACCAUGCUCUUGAGUGAAGUCUACAUUUUUGCACCUAUUAAACCUUGUAUCUACCUCUUGAAAACAGUGAGUUCUGUGUUGUCAUCAGCAUACUUGUGUGGAAACUUACUGUGACAUUCAUUAUUUGUGUGAAAUCCAUUGAGGAGACUUGUGAGGAAGAUGAAUCAGGUUCUUGCUGUCAUUUAUUAURAACUUACCUUUCUGUUUAAAUUAGUGUUAAUUUCCUUGGAGAUUUUGUUUUCUGAUGUGUCUCAUACAGUUAUAUCAGGAAGUAUUACUGUAUAUAACUGGCUCUAUUAAUAGACUUAAUCACUUCUGACUGUCUCAGAAUAAAUAGUGCUUUCUCCAGUGUAGUAUAAGUGCUUGGAGUUUCAUUAUGAAAGUGUCUGUAUGUUUGCCAAACCAGGAUGGAAAAAGACUCUUGCUGCAGCAGCAAAACACCUUUUUUUUGUAAAGUUUUUAACAUCUGUGUUUUAGUUUCUGCAUCUUACUUGCUAGCAGGUAAGGACUUGCCAUCUUCCUGUUCCAUUAUUGUUUGAGUAUAWAAGGUUACAGCAUGGAAGGAGAUGGAGGCAAUAGAAAAAAUGUCUCUAUUUUUACAAUACUUUUAAUURUAAUUUUAUCUCAUUUAUGUAGGCGAGGUCAUGACAUUUUUUGGAUGUGCUCAGACCUGAUUUUGCUGUUAUUUUCAAAUUGUGAUUUCCCCUGUGUUUAGUCUUGGUUAAUGACUUGUGUGUAAUCACACUUUUAAUGAUAUCUAAAGGAAAUCUGUGUGCUUCUUACUCUGCUGCCAUAAGCUAAUGCACUAACAAGAACUGAACUGUAUCUUGUGUGGAAUUUCUGGUAGAUGACUCUGGGCCUAGUGUUUGCAUAUUUUUUAUUGGAGAAAGAAACUUUUUGUUUCUGUAUUUUUUGUCUUCUCUAAAUGACUAGUACCUAGCAAAAUGAGGUGGAAUUCCCUUUAUCUUCCUGGCCACAGCUCAAAUAAUGUAAUUCUGAUUCUAGGGCAUCAUUCUGGAUUUGAGUUGUAUAUGGAUGUGGGUGCUUUCUGUGCUCUGUGUCUCAAAACAUGAUUCUGAAGACUAAUUUAGAUCAUGAUAGGCUGUUGGCAUACAGCCACCCAGAGUAAGAAAGCUACACCUUGCCUAGCUGUGGUUGGGUAGAUUUUGUCACUCAUGUCUCAUUAGAUUUAAUGCCUGCCCAUUUGCACAAGGAGAGUUAURUCUGGUUGUCUCACUACUGUGAUCUUUGGAUGGGUAGAUGGGUGAUUGAUUCUCAAGGGUCUAAUAGACRUAUUUCAUUUCUUCAGAUGGAGCCUGGACCUGUUACAGAUCUGUUAGGUCUGCUUUUAAAUUCCACUAUGUGCCACACUCCCUAUCUUUCUUACCUGGGAGGGGUUCUUCCAUUCCCCUUAUCUACCCCGAUUAUCUGUCAAAGGUUGUCACAAUGUCACCUUGGGUAAUACACUAACGUGGCUCUUUGGUCAGGGCGUUGAACCCUGACUGCAGACAUUGCAAAUAUCUGCAAAAAAAAAACCCCUGCUUUUCCUUACACCAAAUAGAAUAAAGUGUUUGGGAAGUCCCUCUUUGCUCUUUUUUCAAAUGAAAGAUAAAAAAUGUUGACUGUCUUCUGCUGAUUCUCGUGUCAGACAGAGGUACGUGAUAAGAUAAGCUAAGAUUGCUAAAACUCAAGUGACCUUGUUUCUGUUGGGAGUUCUUUAAAGCACCUUUCCUCCUAUAUCUUUAUAGAAACAAUUGUUAAUUCUGUAUUUGAUAAAAAGGGUUGUUUUUCUUUAGUCACUGGCAAACUUAAAAUUCUGGGAUGUGCUUUCAGAUGAGAAGGGCUCUGUUUUGGAGUGAGCUAUAGCAGACUGCAUAUUGACAGACAAGGUAGUAACAAGGAACUKAGAGAUAUUCAUGGCCCCACCGUUUCUCUCUAGUCCCUUCAGAAUAAAGCUUGAAAAGAUAAAAGGGCUGGGAAAAUGUACCACUUUUCUUUUUAAUGCUGGUACUUYGCUUGUCCUGUUUGAAGUACUCUAAAGGCAGAUCUCUGAACUGGGAAAGUGGUGGGUGACUUCCUGAUAAGUAAAUUGUUUCAAGGUUUAGCUAUAUGAUUCAUACAGAAUUCAUGCUUAUUUCUGUGUACAAGCACUGAAGACAACCUCUAACUAAACUUUWUAAAUAAGUAUCUAUAGAUUCAUGCUUGUGUGCCUGUGCGUCAGUGUGUAGGAUAUACUGUCUUAACAUGGCUGAUGCAGUGCCUGUGGUGCAUUUAUGGAGUACACUGAACUGUAGGAUAUCAGGAAGAACAAAAGGAUAUUUGUGCACAGGUUGCAGCCCCUUCUGAAACAUUUCAGGCUUCUAUCUGUGUGUGUAGACAUUGUCAGUAGCCUCUGGACAGCCUGAAGAUACCUUGAUGGGGGAGGAGCUGGGGUCUCUGGUGUGUGAGGCAAACUUCAGCUUUUGUCAAAUGAUCUCUAUGAUGCUCUCUUAGUCCAGAUAAUUGAUACAUUUGAGCGUUUGGUAAGGCRUAUCCAACUGGGAGUUCCCAGUUAUGGUCUAGAAUAGAGUAACUCAGGAAAGGACUUGGRUUGUAAAACAGGGCAGGGAAUUUGUGCAUGCUUGGUGCUGUGCUCCAACAUCCUUUUUUGUCAUAUGGGAAGCUAUGGACUAUGUGUUAAAGGACUGACCAGUUCUUUCAGUGACAGGAGUAGAUGCUACUUGGGUUACAUUUUUGUGUGAGGUGUCUGGAAAGGAAUAAAGCAAUGGUGGUAUAGUGUGACACACAGAAACCAGAUCAUCUAGUCACACUAAAAUAUUUAUUGGGAGCAAGAAGUCUUUGUGUUCACACAAAGUGUGCAAAAAGGUUAUAGGUAGGCAACACUCAAAUGGAUUGUUUGCAAGUAUCAAGAAACUGGCUUGAAAGAAAUAAAGCAGGGAAAUGGCAAAGAUUUGAAUGCUGGAGAAGGCAGUUUGAAGCUCUUAAUCUCAGGCAAGGUCCUAAUUUCACUUUUUGGUCAUUGCAGCACUUCAGUGAGCUAGAAAAAGAUGAAAUCUUUCUGGCUGCCUGUGAAAUAAUGGAUUUCUCUAAAAAAAAUCCUCAAAUGGCCUUGGGCUCCUGGGAGAAUUCWUUUUCAUAGUUUAURUCGGUGAUGCCUGUGGCAGGUUAUUCAUGAAGGGAAAAGAUUUAAGUUGAAAAGUUGAGAAGUUGAGUUUAAGUUAAAAAGUUAAGAAGAAAAUCCACACUAAUGAAAUCCUCUSAGUAAGUUGUUAAUAUGAAUUGAUGAAGUCAGGAUUUAUACUGAUGAUGUGGCUGUGUGUUAUGGAGUGAUAUCUGACCUCCUGGAUUGUGAAGAGUCAGAAACUUGAAUGCUGCUGCUAGAUAUAAUUAAAAGUUACUGGCUUUCUGUUAACAUCAGUUGUCUUAUGAAACUUUCCUCUGUCUGAACUUGCUGUGAGGAUUGUGAAUUUAGUCUUCAUUUACUCAUAAAAGAUGACUGAUAAUAUGGCAUGUUUCAGAGAAUAACUAGUCAAUUUUCAAGAUUAUUUUUGUGGUUGUCGUAACGUCCAACCAUAUGUGUCAUCAAGGUAUUCCACAGGCACUUAMCUGACUGUGGGAUUUAGAAUGGCCUCUGGACUUCUGAUUUACUCCAGCUUUGUUACAAACAAGUAUUUCACUGCUGGAAUACUUCUAUCUCUGAAAAUCUUCUUUGUAAGUUUUUAUGACAAAAAAGAUUUUUUGACCUCAGAGCAGAAAGGUAAUGGAGCAAAAGAAUGACUCUUUUAUAAAUAGUGUAUGGCCUUGAUGUGUGCUGCAAACCUCCAAGAAUGUAUUAAAAAYUGGGAAAUAGGCAUAAGCUUCUCUAUUAGCUAAAGCUUUUCUGUGGAGCAGAAAUAAAUUAAUGAGGCAUAAUGCUAAGCUGACAGGCAUUUAAUAGGUGUUCUGUUUACUGAUGUGUGUAAGAGUCACUCUCUGCUGCUGCCAUAGCACUUCUGUGGUGGUGGAGGAUGGAACUAAUGAAAUCCUGCAGUAAUACUUGAAUGUUAAAACAAACUUCUCUUAGUCUGAGAAGCAAAGGGGACAGCAGAAUCCAUGUCAGUAUUUCCCAGUGCUCUUCCUUAUAAGAGGCUUGUAUCCUUUACCUCCAAGUGCUUUAUCAGGAUAAUUUCUUGCAGAAAUAAAGGAAAAGGAGCCAGUGCUAGAGACUGGGGGGUUUUUUCUGCAGUCAAAGAAUUAAAAAUAGCAAAUAGGGUGACAGAAGUAUUUGGAAUAUUUACAGUACAGGAAGCUCUUGCUUACUCUGCAUUAAGAAUCCUGGGAGUAUUGCAUUUGUCAUUUUCUUUUGCCUGAUGUCUCAGGGAAGAUUUCACAGAACUGUCUGGGAUUGUKCAAAGAUGGAAUGARCUGUUACCAGGACUGCAAAAACCACGUACUCAAGGUACAGGUGUUUAUGAAAUAAAAGUUCCUUUCUUGUAGAUAUUAGAAAUUAAAUAGACAUGAUGGCUACUAGUUAGUAAAAGCUGAAACAGGUAAUUAAAAAUAUGUCUUUAUACAAAUCUUUGUAACAAAGACUAGAAUUUCACUUCAUUCUAUAUCAGCUUGAACUCUGGGUCUGUCACAUCCUCUGUAAAUAGCUCAAUUUAGACUUCACACUGCAUAAUUCCAGGUCAUUGAUGCUUAAACUCUUGUUCUGUUCCUCCUCUCUUGCCCCCAUUCCCUUCUUGAGAACUGACAAAAAGUUAGAAAUCCAAAUAGGAUGUAUUUUUCCUCUAUGGGAGACUGUAAAAGACCAAAAUUUGCCAAAAUUAUAGUUAUUGAAAUCCUGAAAUCAGRGAACAAACUGAGUCAAAGAGAUGGGAGAAGAAAUUGAUGAAAUGCU